AUGGAGAAGCCUGAGGUGGAGCACCUUUCUCAUGACGAGAAGUCAGACGAGUCUCGUGUGGUAGACAAAUUUCCACCUGAGGCUCGAGCUGAAGCUGGAGUGCUUCUCGAAGUUGAAGGUGCUGAGGGGACUUCUCUUCGCCUUGCUGCAGAUGGACAUCCGACUGACGAUCCCAACGACCCCCUAAACUGGUCAUCUCGAAAAAAACACCUCAUUCUCUUGGUGGUGGCAUGGGCUGCUCUGACUUCAGACUUUACAUCUGCUGCUGGUAGCGCUCCAGUCAUUCUUCAAGCGGCAGAAUGGCAUAAGUCUCCCAACUCUGUUAAUCAUAAUAACAGUAUCAACGUCCUCAUGAUGGCUAUCGGCGGUUUGAUCUGGGUUCCCCUGACUUCCAUCAUCGGACGCGCACCAACCUUGUUUUGGUCUACCUUUUUCGGCCUCAUUUUUACCAUCCUUUCCGCCGUAUCCACUUCCUUCAAUAUGUUCUUUGGGGUGCGAGCCGUUCAGGGCCUCUUCCUUACAUCUGGCCAAACAAUUGCCAUCGCAUUUAUCAAGGAUAUCUUCUUCUUUCACGAACGAGCUCGAAAGAUUGGCCUGUGGGCUCUCAUGUACAUCACGUCUCCGUACUGGGGCCCGUUGAUCGCCAACUUCGUCAUCGGAGAGACCCAUCAAUGGCAGGACGCUUUUUGGCUUGGAGUUGGAGUCAACGCUUUAAGCUUGCUUCUCAUCUUGGCUUUUCUUGAUGAGACCUGGUACAACCGUGACUUGCCCAUGUCCCAACAACCAUCUCGAGGCCAGGGUCUUUUCUCCCGGCUUCUUCGGCUUACUGGUGUGUGGCAGAUGAAGCAUCAUUCUGGAUACUUUGAAUCUAUUUAUGAUGCCUUCAGGAGAGUCUUGCUCAUCUUGGCAAAGCCUGUAAUUCUCCUUGUUCUUCUUGCUUAG